AUGAACCCCAUCCAACUUCUUCCUGCUGUACGACCUAUUAUUUCAACUUCUUUAUCUAAAAAUGGAAAACAAUCCAAAUGCAAAUUCACUCGCGAAGACGAUUUAAAGCUUAUAUCAUUAGUUAUGAGCCGUCCAGAAAGAGACUGGGUCUGGAUUUCACAGCAAAUGGCUAACAGAAACCCCAGACAAUGUAGAGAAAGAUGGUACAAUUACUUAGAUCCUUCAUUACAAAAGGGCGGAUGGACACCAGAAGAAGACCAGUUACUUAUAGAGAAAAAGAAAGAAAUGGGUCCUCACUGGAACGCUAUAGCGCGAUUCUUUGCUGGUAGAUCCGGUAACUCCGUUCGAAAUCGUUGGUUAUUGAUUAUGCGUCAUGAAGAGAAAAAUAAUACAGAUGUUCCUGAACCUGUAGAGGUUAAGAUACCUCCUAUUAUUCCGGCUGGCAUAGAAGUAGAAACUGAAGUUUUGCACCCUCAAACGAAUAUUUCUUUAGAUGAAAAGCUUGACUCAAUUCUCAUGCCUCGAGAAGAUGUCAAUAUGUUUAAUACUUCUGUUGAUGACUUUGAUUUCUUGCUCAAUUUUGAACUUCAUUAG